CUGCAGUUUUAAAACAGAAAUAUUCGUUGCGUAGAUCUCAGUACGGUUAAAAUGGUUGAGUGGGAAACAGUUCGGAUAGAAUUUAAAUUCGGAACUUAGAAUGCGAAUGGCUGUGACUGGUUUCUGCGCCAGGUUUGCUGGCCGCCGAGGUCUAUAUUUGACCGGCGCCCUAUCGCUGACUGGUUGCUUGUCUGUUUGUAUACCGGCUAUAUAUUGCUUAGUUCGUGAUCAAGGAUGGAGUCUUCUACGUAGCUGGAUCAAUCUCUGGUUAGCGGAGAAUCAUUGGGAUGCAACUGUAUCCCAGAGUAUAUGGAGUUGGCUGGAUUGGAUGGAUGAGAAUCAGACAGAAAUUCUAGCAGGAAUACUCUCUGCCUGUUGUAUUCAUUUAUGUACAACCAUCCUUCUCAUCAUUGGGGCAAAACGAAGUGAUCUCAAUCUUCUUAUUCCAUGGAUGGUUACGGAUAUCAUUCUAGUGGUCAUCCUCAUCCUCAUUUUUAUUAGUUUCACAUUUAUUUCCUUCUUUGUUGACAUAUUGGUUGCAAUAGUGUUCCCUGUUAUUGCAGGGUUACUUCUCGGAGUUUGGAUCGUACUCUGGAGAAAUACUUGGAGAUUCUAUCAUCAGACGGGGAUAGGAGAAAAAUUACUUGAAACUGAUUCAUCUUUUUCAUUAUCUAAUUCUAAUAUAUCACCGAAUGAACAAAAAUGGACUAAAGAUCAUUCAAAUUGUACUCAGGAGGGACAAAGUGAUGCUAAAAAAUGCCCCUUUGCAACAAUUUUACCCGAUAUUUCUACAACGACCACCACAGAAAAGAAGUCUCAACGGACAUUUCCCGUACCAGAUGAAACAAUAAUACCAACUAACACUUUGUGAAUCAGUUAUGAUCAAGUCAUUUCGAGGUUAAUUUUAAUUUAAAAAUGUUUUUUUUUCAUGAAGAAUAUACCUGUGUGACAACUCUG